AAUUUUUAGGUCUUGCUAUAUUAAGACCUUGUAACUGUAAAAUAGUGCUAUCUACUUCUAUACAUAGCACACACCAUUUAUUGUUGUUACAUCACUCACAAACUCCAUCUUUCUUGUUCUUGUUCUUGUUCUUGUUCUUUUUCUUGUUCUUCCUGUUAAACCAAACUUCCAUAACCAACACCACCACUGAGGCAAUUAUUGCAAAUUUCUUGCCACAUGGAUCUUCAAAGGCAAGAGCCAUGCCCUUCUGAGAGCUUGAACAUGAUCACAUUUUCAGAUACUAUGCCAUGCCAAAGAUCUUCCAUAGACACUCAAAGAAAGAGGAAUCACACAGAAAGUGAUGAUCAAAAGCACCCAAAUGACUCAAAUCCUCGUGUCUUACUAGAUCUAAGUCUCUCCAACAAGGAUUCAGGUGAUGAUGAUGAGUCAAAGCCAGAACUCAACCUCCUCAAUUGUUUCCAUACGAAUUUCUCUGAAAAUUCAUCAGAAUCUAGUCAGGGAAAUGAACUGGAUCCCCGGGUUUUCUCAUGCAACUACUGCCAAAGAAAGUUUUAUAGUUCUCAGGCACUGGGGGGACACCAGAAUGCACACAAACGUGAAAGAACUUUAGCAAGAAGAGGAUACAAAGCAGGUGCAGCAGAUUUUGGACACACGUAUUCCACCAUGCCUUUUCUUCCUUCUCACGGCUUAUACAACAAAUCACUUGGAAUUCAGGUUCAUGCCAUGAUUAACAAACCUUCUCAUCAAGCACCCAUUUUUGGGUUGUGCCGUUCCAAUGGGUGGCAGAGGCAGCCUUUGGAUUCUCAACCAGCAAUUGGAAAUUUUCGUGUGGGGGCAGAAUCUGAGUCAUCCUUGGCUGAUAGUGUUCCAAAAGUAGGCAAGUUUUCCACAAGGGUAGUGACAGAGGGAUUUGGAGGUCACUGUUUUGGUAGCUUUGCUCAUUUGAAGUCUAAACAAGAGAAGUUGCAGAAGCUUGACUUGUCCCUUAAGCUCUAAGUAGUUACCAUUCAACAUGCCAUACCCCAGUUGAUUUGUGUCUUUUCUCAUUGUCCAACACCUUCACAGCUGUUUCCUUUUUCACUUCUUUUGUCCUCAUGUAUCUCUUGCUCCACCAAGUCUAAAUGCAUUUUGGCUACUUACCAGAGAGCUUGUGUUUUGCUUUUAAUGUUGUUUGCUUUAUUUUCUCAGUCAUGAAUAAUGGCUUCUUUUCAA